AUGGCAAAUGAAAGAUUGAUUGGACUUGGGAAUUUAGACAAAAAUAAUGAUCAAAUACCUUUAUUAAAUGACCAAACGACAACAGACCUUAAAGGAAUUUUGAUUGAAAAUGGAAAAAUUGAAAGGGAAAUUAAUAAUGAAAAAUUGAUGGGUUUAGUAGAAGUUCGUAGAACAACACAAACAUCUUCAUUUAAUGCUUCAAUUAAAUUAGGUGUACUUAUUUGGUUAACUGUUCAAAAUGCUGUCCAUGCAUUACUUCUUCGAUAUUCUCGAGUUAGGGAUGUUAAAGAAAUGUAUUUUUCGACUGUUGCUGUUUUUUGGACAGAAGUUAUUAAACUUUGUGUUUGUCUUUUGGUUGUUUUCCAUUCAGAAUCUUCCUCUCCAGAGGGAUUUUUAAGCGGUUUUGAAUUAAUUAAAAAACAAGUUUUUGAACAGCCAAAGGAUACUUUAAAAGUUUGCUUGCCAUCAAUGCUUUAUAUUUUACAAAAUAAUUUAUUCUACACUGCUGCUUCUCAUUUAAAUGCUGCUACUUUUAUGGUUUUCUUCUUUUCUGAUUUAAUUAUUUUUUAA